AUGUGUGAUCAGAUAACCGGGUGUGGGGCCGUAGCCGUAGCUGGAGCUAGCUUGGUUAUCUUGGGUAGGAGGAGGAGGAAAGUUCCCAAACGGAGAAGGUUGUGCUUCCUGCCUUACGUUGCUAUCAACAGAAGGUUCCGGCUGACUUGGUGUGUAGUUUUCGUCCUCCGUGUCAUCAUCGUAGGAGGUAAGGCUAAUUGGUUGAACAUGAGCACGGCUAUCUCUCUCUCUUCCUCCGUAUUAGCUGCUUUUCAUGAUAAUUUCUGUUGUACAAUCUGCCUCCAGUUGCCUGAAAGGCCAGUCACGGUGAACAGAGAAGUGAUGGCUGUGAUAGAGACGCUGAAGAAGAAAGAGGAGGAGCCAACCCCAAUACAAGAAGUUGGAGAAAGCUCUGGAACCGCAGGUGAAGAAAACAACUCUGAAGAAGGAGAAGAACCGCAGAUGGUUGUGUCUGAAGAUGAGCCACCCACUAACUAA